AUGGCUACUGAAAUAGUGAAGACGAAUUGGCUAAGCUACACAGAGCUGUCUGUUCUAAGUGCUCUCAAUGAGUACGUUCAUUCUCUAACUGAGGAAAUUCUAUCUGCACUGUUGAAGUUAAUUCCAAAGGAGUCAUUGUUUAUCAAGAGAUCAGUGCAUAGUUUGAUAUGGGGAUACCAAGACAACAUCCUGUCACUUCUAAACAAAUUUAAUUCUAGUAUCCCCAAAAGCUUUUCUUUGCAGGCAAACAUCUCGACACCAGACUGGCGGAAGAGAUGUAAGGCAUAUACUGGAGUUGGAGAUAUAAGUCGUAUUGCUCAGUUCAUUGAAUGGAAUGGAUUAACUCAUUUGACUUACUGGAAUAGUACAGCUGCAAACAAAUUAAAAGGAACAGAGGGCUUUCUUUUCAAGCCUGGCAAUGGAAAGGACUCAGUCUAUGUGUUUGUUGAUCAGCUAUUCAGGAGUGGAUAUUUCAAUUACACAGAAACAGAAUAUAUCAAGGGCAUCAGAGUUAACCGUUUUGCAAUUCCAAAGUUUGAAAUGGCUAACGCUUCACUCAAUCAUGCCAACAAAGCAUACUAUGCUUAUGGACCCAGUGGCCUCUUUAACAUGACAACCUGUGUUCCCAUGAGUGCUCCUGUUUAUGCAUCUAAACCACAUUUUCUAGACGCUGGUGAGAGCUUGUUGGAAGCGGUUGAAAAUAUUAAGCCUAAUAGGUCUCUUCACGACUCAUUUCUUGACAUGGAACCGAUGACUGGAGCUGUGUUCAGAGCGGCUAAGCGACUGCAACUUAAUGUUAAGUUGGAGCAGAACAAUGACAUUUCGCAACUGAAGAAGGUACCUUCUCUCUACUUUCCUCUGUUUUGGGUUGAACAGACUGCUGAGAUUCCAGAUCAUUUGGCAAGUAAGUUCAAGUCAGCUUUGCUCACUCCCAUCACAAUAGCAGACAACAUUUUGAUAGCUCUAAUGGUUAUCACAGGUUUCAUUGGCAUUUUCUGCUUUCUUCUCGCUGCGUGGUUUAAGUUCUCUUCAAGCGCAAGCGAGUUUUCGAUUAACGAAGAUAGAACUUGAGAUGAAGGUACAAGUGCAUGUCGACUAUUUGAAGUACCUCAUAUGAUGUAUACGACGUUGUCAGGUUUUGGUUGAAUAUAUUGAGGUAUAUAAUAUUCACGAACCAAGACACGUACAUGCA